AUGUCGCUAUACAAGCUUAUCAGCCCAAAGUCGCUAGCCGACCUUGUCAGGAAAGAAACAAGCCGCAGAGUGGUUCCAGUGGACUCGACAUGGUACAUGCCCAACACGAAGAAAGAUGGGAAACAGGAGUUUUUGGAUGUUGAGAGAAUUGCGAAUGCUGUCUACUUCGAUAUCGACGGGGUCAAAGACCACAGCUCUCCGUACCCGCACAUGCUACCGGAUCUGGCCACUUUCAAUGCAGGAAUGAGCCAAUUAGGGAUCACCAGCUCCGACAUUUUGGUCGUGUACGAUCGCAUUGGCAACUUUUCUGCCCCCAGAUGCGCUUGGACGCUUGCCGUAUUUGGCCAUCAGCCAGUGUACCUGCUCAACAACUUCAUAGCUUACAAACAACAAGGUCUUCCGCUCGACACUUCCAAAAGAACUGCAGUUUCGCCAUUCCAACCAUCGACGUACGAGUCCAACGUAGAUCUCACGUCGCAAGAAGUGGUGAGCUACGAAGAUAUGCUUAAACUUGUUGAAUCAGGAGAACUUGCCCUCAAGUACAACGUAUUCGACGCUCGUGCGCUCCCCAGAUUUACUGGCGAAGCUUCCGAACCCAGGCCUGGCCUCCCAAGUGGCCACGUUCCUGGCACACAGCCUUUGCCAUAUUCCGCAGUUCUUUCGGAAGGAUGCUUUGAGGAUAGCCCCGAAAAGAUGCAGAAGAGGCUUCAAGAUUACCUGGAAUCCGCUAAUUGUACAUUGGACUCUAGAAAACCCACCAUUGCUAUGUGCGGUACAGGGGUCUCUGGUGUGAUUAUCAAGACUGCUCUAGAGCUUGCGGGCGUUAAAGACGUAAAACUGUAUGACGGUAGUUGGACUGAAUGGGCGAUGAGAGCAGAUCCUAAAUAUUUGGCCAAGGGGCGUAAGUAA